UCUGCCGCGUGCCGAGACGGCCUUUCCCUGGAAGCGCCGGUGUUUCCCGGGAACGGGCAGCUGGAGCCGCUGUCCGAGAGCAUCCGCAGGUACGUCAUGAGCCACUUCCGAUGGGAUAAGUUCGGCCGCAGGAACAGCUCCAGCGGCUCCAGCGGCUCCGGGAGCAGCGCCGGGAGCCACAAACGCCGCGAGGGCUCCGGGAACAUCCCGGCGCUCCCGGGGCCGCAUUCCCAGCGCCGGGAAGAGAAGGAGGACGGGAAGCGCUCCUAUUCCAUGGAGCACUUCCGAUGGGGGAAGCCCGUGGGGCGCAAGAGGAGACCCGUCAAGGUGUAUCCCAACGCCCUGGAGGAGGAGCAGGAGCAGGAGGAGGAGGAGGAGGAGGCGGCGGCGGCGGCGCGGGAAUUCCCGCUGGAAUUCCGGCGGGAGCUGGGGGGAAGGCGGGAAGGGGGCAAAUCCCGCUGGGAAUCGCCGCUGGACAAGCGCUACGGGGGGUUCAUGGGCUCGGAGAGCAGCCGGACCCCGCUGCUGACGCUCUUCAGGAACACCAUCGGCAAAAGCGCCUCCCAGAAGGGGCCGUGA